UGCUCGGAACUGCCUGGAAACUUCAGUGGGGCGACAACUUUUACCAGUUUCAGUCCAGGAACUUUUCUUUGCAAGAGAGACGGGGUGCAAGUGGCCCCGGUUUUGUUCUCUCUCUUCCCUUCCUUCUCCUCCUCUCCGAAUCGCCUUCCCCGGGUUUGGAGCGGGCAGCUGAGUACUGGCCACCCAGCGCCUCUGCUAAGUGUCCACAGUCGCAGCCCGGUGACUCGCCAACCUCCCCGGGAGCCGCUCGCUCGGCGUCCGCGUCCGGGCAGCCGAGGGAAGAGGAGCCCUAGCCGCCGCGGCUUCUCGCCUUUCCCAGCCACCCGCCCCCUGCCCCGGGCUCGCGUAUGAAUCUCCUGGACCCCUUCAUGAAGAUGACCGACGAGCAGGAGAAGGGCCUGUCCGGCGCCCCUAGCCCCACCAUGUCCGAGGACUCGGCUGGCUCGCCCUGUCCUUCGGGCUCGGGCUCCGACACGGAGAACACGCGACCCCAGGAGAACACGUUCCCCAAGGGCGAGCCGGAUCUGAAGAAAGAGAGCGAAGAAGACAAGUUCCCCGUGUGCAUCCGCGAGGCGGUCAGCCAGGUGCUGAAGGGCUACGACUGGACGCUGGUGCCCAUGCCGGUGCGCGUCAACGGCUCCAGCAAGAACAAGCCACAUGUCAAGCGGCCCAUGAACGCCUUCAUGGUCUGGGCGCAGGCUGCACGUAGGAAGCUGGCGGACCAGUACCCGCAUCUGCACAACGCGGAGCUCAGCAAGACUCUGGGCAAGCUCUGGAGACUGCUGAACGAGAGCGAGAAGAGACCCUUCGUGGAGGAGGCGGAGCGGCUGCGCGUGCAGCACAAGAAAGACCACCCCGAUUACAAGUACCAGCCACGGCGGAGGAAGUCGGUGAAGAAUGGGCAAGCAGAGGCCGAGGAAGCCACGGAACAGACUCACAUCUCUCCUAACGCCAUCUUCAAGGCGCUGCAAGCCGACUCUCCGCACUCCUCCUCCGGCAUGAGCGAGGUGCAUUCCCCAGGCGAGCACUCCGGACAAUCUCAGGGUCCACCGACCCCACCCACCACUCCCAAAACCGACGUGCAAACGGGCAAAGUUGACCUGAAGCGAGAGGGGCGCCCUCUGGCAGAGGGGGGCAGACAGCCCCCCAUCGACUUCCGCGACGUGGACAUCGGUGAGCUGAGCAGCGACGUCAUCUCCAACAUCGAGACCUUUGACGUCAAUGAGUUUGACCAAUACUUGCCGCCCAACGGCCACCCUGGGGUGCCGGCCACACACGGGCAGGUCACCUACACUGGCAGCUACGGCAUCAGCAGCACCGCAGCCACCCCUGCCACCGCUGGCCACGUGUGGAUGUCAAAGCAGCAGGCGCCUCCCCCUCCUCCGCAGCAGCCCCCGCAGGCCCCGCAAGCCCCGCAGGCGCCUCCGCAGCCGCAGGCACCCCCGCAGCAGCAGCAGGGACCCCAGCAGCAGCAGGCACACACGCUCACCACCCUGAGCAGCGAGCCAGGCCAGUCGCAGAGAACGCACAUCAAGACGGAGCAGCUGAGCCCCAGCCACUACAGCGAGCAGCAGCAGCACUCCCCGCAGCAGAUCGCCUACAGCCCCUUCAACCUUCCACACUACAGCCCCUCCUACCCGCCCAUCACGCGCUCGCAGUACGACUACACAGACCACCAGAACUCCGGCUCCUACUACAGCCACGCAGCGGGCCAGGGCUCGGGGCUCUACUCCACAUUCACUUACAUGAACCCCGCGCAGCGCCCCAUGUACACCCCCAUCGCUGACACCUCCGGGGUCCCUUCCAUCCCGCAGACCCACAGCCCGCAGCAUUGGGAACAACCGGUCUACACACAGCUCACCAGACCCUGAGGAGCCUUUGAAGAGGGAUGGUGAGGGAGCUGAUCAUUUAAAAAAAAAAAAAAAAGAAGAAGAAGAAGAAGAAAAG